AUGACUCGUAAGCAUCUAUUGAACCCCAGAUCCUACAUCACCAACAGACCUAACGGCAGAGGAUGGCGAAACAAUCUGUACCGUCACGUGGUCACCACCCAUGGAAACAAGGGGCACAAUACAUGGAUACAGGGUUCGUAUCAAGUACAUAUUCAAGCAUCGUACACAGAUGGAAAUGGACAAACACAGAAUGGCGAAUCCAAUGUGAGGUCUACAGCGUCAACAAGUAUCCGGCUGCUGAAGUCCAACAAAACGGAGAUUCUGGACCUGCUGCCGAACUCUGUGUACACCAUAACCGUGACAGGUUUCACCUACACAGGGGAGGGGAACUUCAGUCAUACUGUCAACUGUACCGUACCGCCGGGAAAACCGUCACUCCCUGGCAAGCCACGUCGUACGCAAAAACCGAAGACGAGUUCCUUUGCGCUACAAAUCCGGCCAGCAUCUGAAAGGAAUGGACCAGUAGGAUGUUACCACGUCAUCGUGAUAAAAACAGACAAGAACAGCACGGAAGGUCUACCAGAACCGGAGGCACUGCAAGUCUACAAGACGCAGGGAGAGGCGGAGAAGUCUGAUCUUGGCUACGCUGCGUACAUAGCAAUGGCACGCACAUCUGAGGAGGUGAAGACAUCAAGUGACGUUACAUUAGGCGACGGGAGUGUGACAAGUUGUAAAGGUGACCGUACGUCACGUGACCUGACAGUUGAUGACGUGUACGACGAAGAUUACGUCAACUCCCCACUGACUCCAGAUUCCUUCUACGCCACGUCAGUCCGAGCCUACGGACCCAAAGAGGACGGUCAGCCCUCAUUCUCUGCAAGCCAGUACACCACACCGACAAAAACUGCUCCACCCCCACCAGAUUCUUUUCUGAUCCCCAUCAUUGCAGCUGUCUGUGGGGCUGCUCUACUCGCCAUAAUAUUAUCAUCGCCCUGGUCUGCUGUUUGA